CUGACGUGGGCCGCGGAGCCCGAGCCGUUCGAGGCUGCGCGCGGCGACGCGCGGUUGUUGCGUGUCUUUACCUCGCGUUCACGCUCGCUCGCGGCGGCGGCCCCGCUCUCCUUCCGCGCCCGCGCCCGCGCCCGCGCCCGCGCCCGUACCCGGCCGGCUUCUCGGAGCGCCCAGCCCGGGAGCCUCGUCGCCCCGGCGGCCCGGGGAGGCCGCGAGCGCACGGCAGGCGGUGCCCGCGAAGAUGGUCGCCAAGCAGCGGAUCCGGAUGGCCAACGAGAAGCACAGCAAGAACAUCACCCAGCGCGGCAACGUCGCCAAGACCUCGAGGAACGCCCCCGAAGAGAAGGCCUCGGUGGGCCCUUGGCUGUUGGCGCUCUUCAUUUUCGUCGUCUGCGGCUCGGCCAUUUUCCAGAUUAUUCAGAGUAUCAGGAUGGGCAUGUGAAGUGACAGUCUAAGAUGUUUCCAUUCUCCUGUGAAUUUUAGCCUGAACUCAUUCCUGACGUUUGAUGCCUCGGUUAAGAACCAUUCAGUAAAGCAUCCUGCCUCAGAGUGGCUUUCCUAUCCUCCUUCCUGUGUCAUUCCAGGGUUCCUCACGAGUCAUUCCAGGGUUCCUAGUCCAUACCACAGUGCCUUGCAAAAGCACAUGAAUAAAGCAAUAAAAUUUGAUUAUUAAGCUCCAAUAGUGGACCCUACUUAUUCAGUCAGUGAAGAACAAUUUUUACGUGGUUAUUAAAAUAGCAUACUGUAUGGUUGAUUGGAUUGAGCCUGUGUAAAAGGGUCUAGAUUUUAACUCUCAUGUGUAAAUGCAAUUACCUUAAUUAAAAAUUUGGAAUCUUAGGUCUUUAUGUAGCUAGGCACUUUAUUACUCCCUUAAAUUGAAAGCACACUCCGUUAUAGGGUCAUGUGACUGUCCUGUAAUAAGGUGCUUAUAAGUGGAGCAACUAUAGUGAGCCUAGUGUUACCAUAACUGUUAUCACCAGAGAUUCUUUUAAAGCCUGUAAAUGUAUAAUAUGUGCAGAGAUGCCUAGGGCCCCUCCUGAUGAUACAGUUUCUGUUGCACUGCCUGGAUUUUGCAUGAGUGAGCAUAGUAACCUAAGAUCUCAUUUAAAAUCAAGCAAACACGCAUUUUGUGACUUUACCAGUAUGGCAGUUUCACAAAAAGCUGUGAUGGUGGAGUGAAGUCAGGAAAGGCUUAUGUCCCAUUGCUUUCACCAGAAUUGCAUGAAUAAUCCGAAAGAUUCACUAUGCUAGACAAGAGCACAGGGAAAGGGACUGCAAAAGGGGUACCCUGGCAGGACUUCAUGAAGUCCAGUGUGCCACAGACAUCUUAGCACUUUUAAUACAAAAAAAAAAAAAAGGCACAUCAGCUGAGAAGUUAAACUUGGUGUUUAGAAGUGUUUACUGGAUUUAUGAUUGAAAUGCCCUUAGGGUACUAGAUACAACAGACUAGGAUUAAAUGCCUUUACUGAUAAGGAUUGGGUCUUUGGUCUUCCUUUGUAUGAUUGUGGAGGUUAUGAUUUAUCAAAUUUUACUAAUAAUAAAGGUGCAGGUGGUAGGCGGAUUUGAGGUUUUCUAGUAACACUGACCCUUUGCGGCGUGUGGUGCAACGCCUGGUCAGUGUCUGUGUCAGCGGAUCUGAAGACUGCUGACUGCGCUUCGCUAAUUGCCUCAGGAUCCACUAAAUAAGCUGUCUGAAGAGGAAGAGAAGGGAAUUGCUACCUAGUCUACACACAUUGCAACCUCACAGGGACUUCCUGGACCCUUGGCUACAGAGGAGUAAGAACAGCAGUGGUUAGGGAUGUGGAGAGCUCAGCUGUUCCAACUCCCAACACCCAGCUGGCCCAAGGCCCACAGGUUCUAAGUGAAGUGAGGUUUCUGCCCUCUCCCCCCCCCCCCCCCGCAUCAGCCCUGUACUUGUUUUCUCUUUGAAACAAGUCUUUAAUUCUGUUUUACUGUAACUUUAAAAAAUGGAAGUUGUUGCUCUAAAUUCAGGUGCCUUACCAUUUGCUUUGAAUCAAAUCAUUCCAUGUCAGAAUUUCCCUUGAUUUACUAUAGAUGGUUGGCUUUUUUAAAAUGUAAAAUGUUUUGAUUAAUUUGUUAAGCUGAUACAGCCAGCAAUCAUGUUCACAUGUGUAACAUUUCACACUCUGUAUUCCAUGUGUAAUUUGCCAAUUGGGUGCAUUUUAUAUUCAAGUUGGAUUAUGCAUACUUGGGCAAAUGAAAGCUGUAUCUGUUUGAUUGAUGGUUUAAAAAUAAUAAAGUUCCUUGAAUAUG